AUGUCCAAUCCCUUCCGCAAGUACGGGCAAGGCAGUGAGCAGAACCUCUACGACGAACAAGAGGACGCUCAGGCGGCAGACGGCGCCUGGGGGGCAGCCGGGGCCGCGGCCAGAGCGGACGUGCGCAACGUUCAAGGCUUCGUCCCCGCCCCCGAGCCAGGGCCCGCGAACGGGAACGGCGGGGCGGCUGACAGGAAAGCAACCGAGGAAGCCGCGGAGGCGCGCGCGGCGGACAUGCGCGAGAAGGACCUCCAGCGGCGCGAGAGGGUCCUGGCGCAGCGCGAGGAGGAGCUCAGGCGCGGCGGCGCGAAGAUCGUGCCCGCGAAGAACUGGCCGCGCUGCCGGCCGAUCCUGUACCACUCGAUCCGCGACGAGAUCCCCGAGCAGCACAAGGCGCUGGUGCGCGUGGCGUACUUCACGUGGCUGCUCUCUGCGGCGGCGUUCGCGCUCAACUGGGUCGUCAUCCUGGCGAUGCUCGCGGCGUCCGUCGCGUCCACGGGCUGGGGCGACCUGUUCAUGGCCACGCUCGUCGCGGUGUGCGGCGUCCCGGGCGCGUGGGUGCUGUGGUACCGCGCCCUGUACUUCGCGACGGUGACGGGGAAGACGCGCAAGUACGUGCGCGCGUUCGUCUUCCUCGCCGUCCACCUCGCGUGGGCGGUGUGGACCGUCGUCGGCGUCCCGACCCUCGCGGAGUACGCGGUGGGUUUCUUCAAAAUGUUCAGCGCGUUCGACGGCGGGGGCGGCAAGGGGGUGUUCUUCGGCCUCGUGGCGCUCGCGAACGUCGUCGUGUGGGGCCUCGUCGCCCUGCUGAGCGUCGUGCUGUUCGGCGGGGCGAGCCGCGCGCUGCGCAUGCCGGCGCCCGCGGGUGGCGAUGCGCACAGCCACAUCUCGCGUGACGCGCUGGAGCGCAUCGAGGAGGCUACGCGGCGCCAGAUGCGUGCGGAGGCGGCCGUGUAG